AGUCAUGAAUCGUGCGUGCGGGUAGGAUGAAGAUGAAGCGUAAAGACUUUCAUGAAUGGCAUUUUUUCUCCGAGAAAUAAGUAUGUUCAUCAAAAAUAGAUUGGUCUUGUUUAACUCUUUAUCUCUUUAAUCAUUUCAGACAAGGAAAAUGAGUCCAUUCAAUUGGACUGCAACUUUACUAGAUGAGAUUGCGUUGGAGGGUCUGGAUGGCAUAACUUUUCAAGCGCUAUGGCUUCGCUUGGAAAAGAGCAGAUCUCCUUUUUUCGGCCAACCGUUGAGUGAACCGUUGAAAAAUUUGGUGUGGAAUGCAGCAGUCAAAUUCAAAGAAGUCCAGUUUUUUGAGCUUCCUGAACCUCGACCUCCGCUGAUUCUUUUUGACUGGUUCUGUGAGAAUGAAAACAGUGAGCUACAGAUAGAGCCACCGGAGCAAAUUUACAAACACUAUGCCAUCGAUGAUCCAGAUACGGGCAUAAUGGGUUCUUGCCCUACGUAUGCAACCAGGGUGGAUGUGUCCACUGAGGCCCGAAAAAUGACCUUGGACGAAGCUUUCAACAGGUGGGGUCAGAAAUUGGUCAUAGUUGCCAGCCAAGAAGUACGUUACAAUGCCCUUGUCGCACCAUCUGUAGAUCCCUUCAUGGACUUAUUCAGCAUACCAUUUUGUAUGCUUGAGCGGAUUGGUCGGAGCAGAUAUGGCGGUGAGAUCACCAACUCUAAGCAUAGUCUUCAAGGCAUGGGUCUAGAUCCAAAGAACAUCUUUUAUCACCGGAAGUAUUUAUCAAAACGUAAACUGAUAUGUAAACAGUAUUUUUUUGUGUCAUCUGGGUCAAAUUUUGUGACUGGAAAUGGGAACCUACUUCAUUUACCAAGAUUUUAUGUAGAAUACGAAUCUCGCAUGCUGUUUUACCUAAAUGUGGCGGUGGAACACUUGAAAAAAAUGCCCAACUACACUGACACUGCGCUGAGCAUCAUAAAAAUCAUUGGGAACACUCGGUAUCGAAAGAGACUUUUCAAAUCCCAAGAAUUUUCUCAGCUGAUCUCCUCUGAAACGGUGCCGUAUCAGCAGUACUAUCCAGGAGCAACAAAGAAAGAGUGCAUCACUAGCAAAGGUAAUGAAAAAGAAGUGAGGAUUAUGAGACUGAAGUAUCCAGAUGUCAAUGUGAGGGAAUUUUUCAAUCAGCUUCAUGAUGAUGACGAUGACGACGACGAUGAUGAUGAUGGAGACACGGCAGCUCUAUUUCCAAACGAUGGGAAUCGAAUCAUGGAUCGCUCGACCCUCUCUCAGGCUUACCAAGUAAUUGAGGAGGCAGGACCAGUAGGUCUCUCCACCCAAGAGAUGGGCCGGAAACUCGGAUUCACCAAACUGCAGUCACGAUUUGUCAUGAAAGUAUUGAAGAAUCAAGGAUAUGUUGACACUGUCGCAAUAGACCGCGGCCGAAUCCGUGUUAUCCAGUUUAUAUCUAUGAAAUAUGGCAAAAACACUCUAGAACGAAAGAAAAUAUUUAUGGAACAAGAAAAAACUGUGAUGUUGGCUAACAAGCAGGAGAAAGACACGCUCAAAAGGAAGAAGCUCGUAGAGGCGUUAGGUCAAGAAGGGCCUGCUUCCAAAAAACAGAAGCAUGACUACAAUAAGGAUGCAAUGAAAGACACUCCGGUCGAAGAGGUUUCGACGUUGACAGAGAGUAGCGAUGAUUUGGACAAAACUCCCAUAACAGCAAGCAUCGAUAGAACAAGCCUCAGAAUAGAACAGUUCAUCGAAGCUCAAGGCAAUUUGUCUUCCUCCAUUAAACCAAAGGCAGGCUCUCAAGUCAACGAGGGAAAAGUUGUGGACGUUUUUAUAACUCCCGUGCCAACCUAUCAAGAAUGGGAUGUUAAACGAAUUUUAGGGAAGAAACUUGCAUCUCACAGGAUGCUUCGUAGGAAGAAUCUGAUUCUAGAGGCUGUCCAGAAAGAUGAAAUCAUUACAAGCUUUUUCACUUUGAAGAAGAAAAUAAUGAAAGCAGAGGAAGGUGAUGAAACAACAGGUCAAAUAGAUAAGAAAACGUUGAUAAAGCUUGUGUUGCGACUGGAAGCAGAAGGUUUGCUUAAAACUUACUCUUACCUUCUGAAGGCAAAAUCUCGACUGGAGAAGCUUACAAUAGUUUGUCUACCUCAUAUUCCUGCAGAUAACCCAAGAGUCCUUAAUGCGGUUGAUCAUGCUAAACUGAGAAUGUCUGUGGUAUCAAAAGAGAAGGUGAAAGCUGAGGUCAAGUCGCUCCAAAGUAAAAUGUUCUCUGACGUUACCACAAGCUCAACAAGUGAUGCAGCAAAACCAACACAGGAUCUGGAAGUACUAUCUUCGACAUACUUGCAGAAUUUCAGGAAUGUCCCAAAAUUUGUAAAAAUACAGCUGGCGCACCAGUUGUUGUUCUAUCUAGUGCACUUUUAUGAAGGCAAUGAAAAUUUGGAUCAAGAUACGAUAAAAACGGAGAUCUCAGCUCUUGCAGAUUUAAAUGCCAUCAAGGAUGUAACACUGCCAAGAGUUUAUCAUUUUUCAAAAGAUUUGAAUUGGAAAUUGUUCAUUCCUCCCUCGCCAAAACAUGCAGAGGUCCACAAAGGCUGGAUAACAAUAGGCGAGCUUACAUUGCGGAUGCCCCUAUCCAUGCUCGUCCAGAUUUGCAGUCUGAACUAUUUGAUUCCUGAAAUCUACGACUAUCUUUCUCAUCCAGUUUACAAACAUAUUUUACUGAAAGACCUUCCAAUCACUAUUCGAAGUGCACUAACAUUUGGGCGCGUGUAUGUAAUGGCAAUUCACCGUGUUCUGACUCUAGCUGCGUACUUAGGACUUGUACAGUUUGGACCUCAUCGACAUAAAGAUAAGGACCUGGUUCAAGUGUACUUAAAUAGGCAAGCUACUUUAUAUAACACAACAACUAGUGCAAGAGGAUACAUCUUUAUUUCUGAUAUGGAUUAUGCAAAAAAGACUUAUCACUUUGAUUCGAUGGAUGAUGUUAACCAGUACUGGAUCGAUGCAAUGAUGUUCUGUACUAACACUCAACUCGGAUCUAGAGAAACAAUGUCUGGCAAAUCAGUGGUGAUUGAAAUGCUUGAUUCAAAACCAGACGUUGUGAAAGCAACGACAGAGAGGCAUUUUGAUGAAGUCGAACAGUAUGAUACUGGCGAAAUUCCAGGUGAUGGCAAAGGAGCAGCUGGUUUUGAUUCAGCAUUUUAUGCCCAUCUAAAGAGGAAUUGGCAUUGGGCCAAUAAAACUUUAAGAAAACCAAUCAAAUUACAUCCAUAUCUUGAAUCCGCUUCCAAGGGUAAUACUGCAGCAAUGGUCAAACCGCCUUUAAAAGCAGAGCCAUCGAAAAAGAAGAUAGUUGUCAAAAAGCUGAAACUAGCUCCAGCGGGCCCAGCUGUUGUUCCAAAGCAGUUUAUCAAAAAGACCGUCCCCCGUGUCAAGAAAUUCAAGGAAAAAACUGUCAGAGUUCGCAAGCCAUUGUAUGAUGCCAUCGACCAGCGAGCCUUAGCAAACAUGAGAACUGAGCGAACUUCUUGGUCUGCUGAGGAAGAUAACGUUCUAUUGCUCAUAAAAGUGUCUGCUUUGUAUUUCAAUCAGAAGAAUCAAAGAUGCAUUAGCUAUUAUCGGAUGGCCAGAGAUUUUCUGCAUCAAAAAGUUGAGUGUUCAAAAAACAAAACAUCCAAGGCUGUUCAACGCCGUCUUCUCCAUCUAACAAGAAGACCUCCGAUUGCUCGUGCUAUUUCGGUUUGCAAUGCUGAGAUACAAUUCGAUCAAGCUCUCCAAGAAAAAUUCUCCGAAGUACUUGGGUUGUGCGCUGCUUAUGCUGAAAAUGAUGACACAGUUCAAGUCGGUCAGCCAAACAGAGACAUUCCGCUCAGAAACAAGACUGUUCUGAAGGCAAUGGCAGAUCUGACGGAAAUUUUGCUCUUGCGUUAUCCCCGUCUGUAUAUCUCAUCUUUAGACAAGGAAGACACCCUAGUUCAGUAUAUUCCAGAUUCAGUUGAAGAACUUAAGUCAUUGUAUGAUUGUGUUUGCCCUUCUCUGGACAAAAGUGCACCCAAGCCUACCACCCCUGCAGAUGUCAUUAUAUCAGUCAUAGCAAAUUUAAUCUACAGCUCAAUUUGUUGUCAAUCUGCAAAAACAUCGUACAGUUUGCAGUUAUUUUAUGCCUUCAAACACUACCCAGAGAAAUACCUACGUGCUGCAUUGAGCAAACUCCAAGCCGAACAAAUGAUCUCCAGACGAAAACAUGAUGGAAAAUAUAGCAAGAUGAAAGUCUCCAGCUUCUUGCCCAUUUCUUCCUCUUGUUAUCAGCUUUCAAACAUGUAUAGUAUCAAAUUGAUGGUCAAGUAUCAGCACAUGAUAUUUCGAGCAGCAUUCGCAUUCAACGCAGAACUUACAGAAGGUCAGCCUGUUCAAGUUAUCAAUUAUGAUGGUGGCAAAGCUGCAGUCAUCUCCUCACUAAUGGCCUCAAAUUUGGUUGCUUUUAGAAUUGAAAUUCCAGAACAGCUAAUAGGUUUAAAUCCCGCUGUGGAAGAAAGUCGCUUGGGCGAUCUUCGACUAGUCACCCGUAUGAAAAACCAUUUUUUAGGCUCAGGUAUUCGUCCUGCCAGCUCAAAAAAGAAAGAAAAAGAAACCACCAUCAGCACAUCCGAAAGUGAAGACAGCGAUUCCGACUUUGAAUCGAACUUGUUUACAACAAUGGCUUUGAAUUCUCCAUCCACAUCUAUUGCAAAAGCAAAAAAGGACAAGAAAGCAGACGAGUCCCUUAUCUCAAAUUUGGCCCAAAACUUCAAGUCAGAAGAUUUAUUCUAUGUGAAAGGCUGCCAGUUCUCUGUGGAGUUAAAGGAGGAUAAGAAGCCAGAAGUAAUCUUGCUGGAGGAGGAUGGCUCAUACCGAUCUGUCAGUAUGGUAGAAUUUCAACCCCUGGUUGCUGCCGUGCUUGAGGAGUUCAGACUAAAACACGUGCAUCAUCACUUUGAUGAAAUAGAUGACCAGCUAAUUGUUGACUUAAGAGCCAAUGCAGAAAUUGCGAUAGAAAUACUUGCUCUACUCUUAUCAAGGAAAGAAGCAGGUGCAAUAUCUUCGGAAAUUGGAGAGAAGUUUGGAACCUCGGAUCGUGUUGCUUCUAUCAUACAAACUCUGGUGAGAAAUCAUGCCAUCGUUCGAACAGGCACAAAUAGAAUCCACUUCAUCCAUCAUAAGCAUGCUAGAUCAUGGUUUGUCCACUCAUUCCAAAUGGUUCGGUUGGAUCGAGAGAAACUUGACGUGGAUGUUGUCACGGAUGUUGUGGCUCAAAAAAAUGAAUCUGAUCUCAUCAAAGUGAUAGAUGUCACUAAUGUGGAGCCUGGCAUCCAAAAUUCUUCAAGGAUGGAAGUUGACGAACCCUUGAUAACUUCUGAUGACAAGGAGAAAAGUGAGCCCAUGGAUAGUGCAAGCUUGAGUCAGCUGGAAAAUAAUAAACAAACUGCAACAGUCUCUACUUCGAAACACAGAGAUCUGCCAGCUAGAAGAGUAGGGAAAUUGAUCAGUUCGAAGCCAGAAAAUUUGCAGAAGAUUAAAACUCUGACCGAUAAUGAGAAAAAACAUAUUCAAAUUUUGAUACGGCCCUGGAUAAAACCUGACGGGAAUCUCAAUCGACGUGUGCUGGAUCGAUUCUUGGGGGCUGUGCUAAGUCGAGCAUUGGAGAGACCUUUCUGUUCCUUACGAUCGCUGCAAGAAAAGUUUGUGCCUCUUUUAGAACCAGCUUACACUUUUGAGCUAAUAGAGUUGUUAGCCAAGAUUAAGUGUAUCAAUUUAAAAGCCAAAGUCGUCUCAGGGAAAGUAAAUCUGUUCUCUUCAGGUUCAAAAUCUGUUAAACUAGUUCCUGCCACAUGCCUGGAAAAGGAGGAGAACAUCAUAAUUUAUCCAUCUGUACAUGCAUUACUAACCCUCUCAUAUUUCAUUGGAAAAGCAGCAUAUGCAGCAGACUUCAUGGUUUAGCAGCCCUGCAAUCCUUCCUCAUCACACAAUUUUGUCGGAAGUUAUAGCUGUCAAUAUUUUAUACCCAAAUGGAAUUAACUGCUUUAAAACUGAACUAUCAACUUUUUUAAAACUGAUAAUUUGUUUGAAGUAAGUAAGCCAUUCAUUACAAAACAAUGGACCACUGGACAUGGUGCAAAUUUAGGCAUUCUGAUUCAUUUGUCCUGAUCAAAACCAAAAUCGUCAAUAUCUUAGUUAAGAGUUGAUUUUAGUAAUUUUCAUUGCGUAGAUAGUGUUUAAUGCAAAAUUUUGGUUAGGAAUCAUGUAUCAGAUGGCUUAAAUUUGCACCUUCUCUUUUGGCCCAUCAAUUUAAUAUAAUACUCACUUUUCCUUUUUCGCCCAAUUUGAAUGAAAAAGGAAAAGUGAGUAUUAUACUGAUACAACCCGAUAAAGGAGGAAAAAGAAACAUAGCCCAUCAAUUUAUUUCAUUUUUUCUUGUACUUUUCUCCCCUUCAUCUUUGUGAUACAAAGAUUUUUUUUACAGUGCUCUUUUAAAUUGAAAAGAAAAAUGGUUUCAUGUUCCAAAGUUAAGUUUAUCGUUUAUUAUCUAUGGAUGUAAAUAUGAUGUAAAGAUAAAUUGUAUCAUAGUAAGAGCUCAAUAAAUUUUGUUUAUUUUUGUUAA